AGAGGAGAGGAGAGGAGAGGAGAGGAGAGGAGAGGAGCGGAGAGCAGAAGGCCUCUGCAGAUAAACACCAUGGAGGUGGCAACACAAGCGGUUCUGGCCCAGCGAUACGUGACAUCCUCGGGUUUCGGGGCAGCGUUAGACUGCAGCUCUCUCUGUUCAGGGAACGGCUGGAACAGCACCAGCUCGGAGACGAACCGUUCCAGCGACUCGUCAGUGUCUCCCAUCGCGUCCCCCCGCUGCGCCCCCGGUGACCCGUGCCAGGCUAAAGGUCGCCCGGAGGAGAAGGGCGAGAGUGGGCAGCAGGCGAGGAAGAGCCGCUCGCGCCACCUGGGCAGGGAGAGGCAGAGCGCCAGCGAGAGGGAGAAGCUGCGGAUGAGGGGCCUGGCCAAAGCCCUCCACAACCUGCGGACGUACCUCCCCCCGUCCGUGGCCCCAGCCGCCCAGAGCCUGACCAAGCUGGAGACCCUGCGGCUGACCAUCCGCUACAUCGCCCACCUGACGGACGUGCUGGCCCUGGGCGAGCAGAUGCCCACGGUGGGCGGGGGGCCGUGCCGGGCGGGAGGCCCACAGGGCUGGUGCCCCAACGCCCAGGGACCGCCAGCCCAGUGCCCGGUCUAUCUCGGCGGCACGGCAGUGAACGGCGCCAGUGAGCUGGCAGCCGCCUUUCAGGACAUCGGCCGCGGGCAGAGUUUCACCGAGAACAAUGCGAAUCUGCAGCUGGUCCCUUGGUUUCCAUGGCAACAUUAAGACCCCCUUGGGGCCUUUACCGUAUUCUGAGAAAUUACUCAUUUGAAAGCUCUAUUAAUUUAAGUAUUUUUUUCAUGUAGAUGUUUAUUUUGUUAAGCGUGUGAAAAUUAUUUUAUAUAUUUUUGUUAAUCUAGUUUUG